CUCGACGAUACGACGAUCUCGUUGUUUUUUUUUUAUUCUGUUCCAAAUUUGAGUGAUAAAAAAAGUUGUGUGCCGCAAAACAAAAGAGACGUCAAUUUGGGAACUGAAAACACUGAAAAUACCCCGUUAUGGGGCGGAUAGAAGCAAUUUUGUUUGCGGUGGUGUUCGCACACGUGUGUGCGUCCCCGCGCAUCUCGGACGAGAGCCCCUUCGCCAGGAGCGCGAUAGAGUCCAUACCAGAACAUGAACCCCUGCCUCUACCUAUCCGAGCUUCAGUGGAGAGUGUACCCCUGAGAAGCCUACGAGAUGAAAGCGACGGACGGUUGCCUCUACGUGAUGCAGUUGAAAAGCGUCCUAUUCCAGUAUUUGAUACGAUGUCAUUCUAUAAGUUUAUUACGGAGAAUAGAGACGCAGAUGACGUAGAGACUAUCAGUGCUAUACGCGAUUAUUAUGGAGCGGCAAGCUUUAUGAAUAACGACACAAGUUAUUCCGAAGAAAGAUUGCAACAAGGAAAUGCAAAUCUUCAGGAAAUGCAGCAGGCUGUAAGCGGAUCAUUCUCCCGUCGACUCGUGGUGUGCUACAUGGAGUCCUGGUCAGCAUACCGUCCGCCCCCGCUGGCUUUCACCGCCGGACUGGUGCCCAAGACCUGCACACAUCUACACUACGCCUUCGCCACCAUGCACCCUCACACGUACGCCGUCAUACCCACGAAUGAGGAUUAUGAUAUUAUCAAAGGUGGUUACCGUAUCGCGACCGGUCUGAAGCGGCGUAUCCCUGGUCUCCGAGUUAUCAUCAGCGUGGGUGGGGACGGCACGGAGCGGCUCUUCAGCGAGAUGAUCCAGGAGCCCUACAGACGGAAUAACUUCGUCGAGAGCGCGCUGAGCUUCCUGCAGGAUAAUGACUUCGAUGGACUUGAUUUGCAUUGGGUCUACUCAGGUGAACGAGAUGAGAAGGAGAAGGAGUUGUUGACCACAUUCCUAUUCGAGUUGAGUGAGAAGUUCACUCCAUACGGAUACCUAUUGUCAACAGUCUUACCACCAUUUAGGUAUCAAAUCGAAGAUGGCUACGACCUAAGCGCAGUCAGUGGCGCCACCGACUACACGAUCCUGCAGGCGUGGGAUAUGAAUCAUGCGCGCCGCGACCAGCCGCCGCCGACGGCGCUGCAGCACAGCGCGCUGUACCGCGACCCCGGCGCGCCGUCCCACGACCAGCGAUACGAUAACAUUGAAUUCAUGGUGAAAUACAUCUUGCGACACGGUAUGGCAGCUGAGAAGUUGGUGCUGGGUAUCCCUAUGUUCGGCAGAAGUUACACCCUCGCUGGCUCCAUAGCGCCCAAACCAGGCGCCGCCGUCUCCUCAUGGGGCGAAGAAGGACCUUACACACAAAUGAAAGGACUACUUUCAUACUUUGAGGUUUGUAUGUCUGAGCGUGAGGGCAGAGGCUCAACUGCUAUAGACGAAGCCGGUAACGCUUACGCAGUGUUCGAAAACCAAUGGGUCACCUACGACACACCAAAUACAGUUUUGGAAAAGAUGAAGUUCCUACGAACGUACGGCUUGGCUGGCGCCGCUGCUUGGGCCAUCGACAUGGACGACUUCCGCGGCCUGUGCGGAAAACCCUUCCCACUACUCAGCGCUAUAUCAACAAGUCUUAAUGGAGAAUUUACACUCUCCGAUCAGUCAUCCCUCAAGGUCGGGUCCUGUGAGCCGGAAAUGCCGUACCUGGCGUCGGACGAGGACUCGUGCGCACACUUCCGGUUCUGCACGGGCGGCGUCAACUACCGCAUGUUGUGCGAGGAUGAACGCCUGUAUGACCCAUCCACUGGAUUCUGCGGCCAUCAAGAUGUAGCCAAGUGUGUUCCCGGACAGAGUUUAAGGAUAAGUGUAGAAGAUGCUGCUCGGUUUCUGUCUCAGGCAUAUGAAAACGAUUACGAAAUGACAGCCGGAACUCAAAAGGACAUGCGGGAUCCAGAAAGAUUCAUCAGUGCAUACUCGUAUGAAGACCGUAGAGGUAAGGAGAACGAUAAGCGCGUGGUGUGUUACAUGACGAACUGGGCGUUCUACCGGCGCGGGGACGGCAAGUUCGUGCCGGAGCAGAUCGACACGCGGCUGUGCACGCACGUCGUGUACGCGUACGCGACGCUGUCGCCCGACGAGUUGGUCGCUAAGGAGUUUGAUCCCUGGGCCGAUAUUACUCACAAUCUCUACGAGCGUGUGACCUCUCUCAAAGACGUCAAAGUGCUCCUCGGUCUGGGCGGCUGGACGGACUCCGCCGGAGACAAAUACUCGCGGCUGGUCUCGUCCCCGCAGGCCCGGACCAAGUUCGCCGAGAAACUGGUGACCUUCCUCAAGAUGCACAACUUCAAGGGUCUCCACCUGGACUGGAACUACCCGGUGUGCUGGCAGAGCAACUGUAAGAAGGGUGCACAGUCGGAUAAAAUCAACUUCGCUCUGCUUGUAAAGGAAGUAGCGCGAGCCCUCCACUCCGCCGACAUGGAGCUCGGCGUGGCUCUCUCCGGGUACAAGGAGGUGAUAGAGUCCGCGUACGAUCUGCCCACGAUAUCGGAGGCGGUGGACUUCAUGUCGGCCAUGACGUACGACUACCACGGCGGCUGGGAGCGCAGCACCGCGCACCACACACCGCUCCUACCGCUGAAGAAGGACCCGCUGCCUUAUUAUUCUAUUGAAUACGCUGUCAAGAACCUGAUAAACGGUGGCGUGGAGCCGAAGAAGCUGCUUCUCGGGCUGGCAUUCUACGGACAGUCGUAUCGUCUCGGCGAUACGGAGGGACCGGCCGGGCCCGGCUCCCUCGCCGUGGGACCGGGCGAACCCGGCGAGUUCACCAAACAACCCGGCAUGCUAUCCUACUACGAGAUAUGCUAUAGAGUUAAAAAUCUAAGAUGGAAGACUGGACGACAAGAUAACGCUGGACCUUACGCCUAUUCCGACAACCAGUGGGUCGGAUACGACGAUCAAAAAUCCGUUACCGAGAAAGUGGAAUGGGCAGUACAAAAAGGUCUGGGAGGUGUGACCGCUUGGGCGAUCGACCUGGACGACUUCAGCAACCGCUGCUGCAACGAGCCGUCGCCGCUGCUGCGCGCCGCGGGCCGCGCGCUCGGCCGCGCCGUGCCGCACCCGCCCGCCGCCGCCUGCGAGCGACCGCCGGAGCCCGUCACGCCCCUCCCCCCGCCCACCUCGCCCGCUGAGUCCGAUGGUAACUUACUUCAUACCUUUAAUGGAUCACCCGGUGGCGGUGACCAUCACCACGAGCACCACACCACCACCACCUGGCCGAGCUGGAACCCCGGCACCACGCAGAGUACAACACAGAGCACGUGGUGGCCGCAGCCCACGUCGCCGACCACGACCACGACAGCUCGUCCCACGACGACCACGCGCACAACAACCACGCGGGCGACCACCACCACGUCCACGACGACGACACGUAGGACCACUACCACUUCUACCACGCAAGCAGCGCCAGUUGAAACAGAGUUGGAAGGAGCGUCCUGCCAGGCGGGCGAGUACCACGCGGCGCCGGGCGACUGCGAGGGCUACCUGCAGUGUGUGGGCGGCAGCUGGAUCAAGCACCGCUGCGCGCCCGGCCUGCACUGGUCAGAGAAGGCCCAGCGCUGCGAUUGGCCGAGCUUCGCUAUGUGCAAGGCGCCUGCGACCACACAACGACCAACCACCACAACGACGUUAGCUCCGAUAACAUCGCGGCCACCGCAGCGCCCCACUACCACCACAACCACUCCGUCGUACCCAGUUAUGAGCGACGAAAUGGAGAUAUCGGAGGGCAGCGCGUGUACGGGCGGGUCGUACGAGGCGGUGGCUGGCGACUGCGGCGCGUACUACCACUGCGAGGGCGACGUGUACCGCAAGCACCGCUGCGCCCCCGGCCUGCACUGGAGCGCCGCCUACAAGCACUGCGACUGGCCCAAAUACGCCAACUGCCAAUCGUCACCAGCCACAACUACAACUAGCCAGCCGACCACAACAUCAACAACUACAACAACGACGACCACGACGACAACAACACCAAGACCGACGCAACCAGCACGACCCACUACCGUCAAACCCAGCGUUCCCCGCGAAGGCAGCCCCUGCGGGCCUCGCGACUCGCACGCGCCCGCGACGUCGUGCGACUCGUACAUGCAGUGCGUGGGCGGCGUGUGGCGCAAGCAGCGCUGCCCCGCCGGCCUGCACUGGGACAAGCGGGCCAACAGAUGCGACUGGGUCGAGUUCGCUAUGUGUGAAAUAAGGAACAAGCCAUUGCCAACGACAACAACAAGACGUCCUUACAAGACCACUAGGAGAACAACACCAGCUAGAACCACUACAACAACAACAACCACUACUACUGAAGCUCCUACUACGCCUACUACCACCACCACUACUACAACUACAAGGAGACCCGCACAAUAUCAAAAGCCAAUGCGUUGCGUGACCGGCACAUACCAUCCUCACCCGCGCUGCGAGAAGUUCUACGUGUGCGUGAACAGCGCGCUGGUGAUGCAGAGCUGCCCGCCCGGCCUCGUGUGGAGCCGCGAGCGCUCGCAGUGCGACUUCCCCACCGCCGCCAACCGCGCCAACUGCGGCGACCGACACGGCACCCAGCACUCCUCGCUCGUGCAGCCCAACGACGAGAUACCCGCUGUUGUUUGCAACAAUGGAGAAUACGCCAAAAAUCCAGCUGACUGCUCCCGCUACUUGCACUGUUUGUUCGGCAAGUACGAAGAGUUCUCUUGCAGCGCUGGCCUACAUUGGAAUCAGGAAAAACAAAUUUGUGACUGGCCAAACAACGCUAACUGCAAAACCGGGCCCACGACCACGACAACAACUGAGGCCACUAUAUACGACCACGUUGAUUUGGACGAUGAAAUGCCGCAGCCGGAAAUGUCCAAGCCUGCCAUUGAGUUCCUUGACGUGGACACGAGACCAGACUUAUUGAAUUCGCGCUACAAAGUGGUGUGCUACUACACCAACUGGGCAUGGUACCGACCCGGCUUCGGCAAGUACAGCCCCGAGGACAUCGACCCCAAACUCUGUACUCACAUCGUUUACGGAUUCGCUGUUUUGGGACGAGACGGCCUCAUUGAGGCUUUCGACUCUUACGCUGACUUGGAAAAUCGCUUCUAUGAACGUGUCGCUGAUUAUAAGAAGUAUGGCAUCAAGGUUUCUCUCGGCAUUGGUGGUUGGAAGGAUUCUGCCGGAGACAAGUACUCCGUUCUAGUGAACAGCCCCCAAGCUAGGGCUAAGUUUGUUAGACACGUCGUACAAUUCAUUGAAAGAUACGGAUUCGACGGAUUGGAUUUGGACUGGGAAUACCCCAAGUGCUGGCAGGUGGACUGCUCAAAGGGACCCGAUUCUGAUAAGGAAGCAUUUGCAGACUUUGUUAGAGAACUCUCUGCCGCCUUUAGACCUAAAGGCCUCCUGCUCUCAGCAGCCGUGUCUCCGAGCAAGCAGGUCAUUGAUGCAGGAUAUGACGUGCCGACACUCGCUCGAUACUUGGACUGGAUCGCUGUGAUGACUUACGACUACCACGGACAAUGGGACAGGAAGACUGGUCACGUCGCGCCUCUAUACUACCAUCCAGAUGAUGACGUCACUUAUUUCAAUGCCAAUUACACCAUCCAUUACUGGAUGGAGAAGGGAGCUUCACCAUCGAAACUGGUGAUGGGUAUGCCUCUAUACGGUCAAAGCUUCAGUACCGUGAAGCCACAAGCUGGGCUCAACGCGCCCGCCACCGCAGCCGGAGUCCAGGGCGAGUACACUCGAGCUAGCGGUUUUCUUGCUUACCACGAGAUUUGUGAACGCAUCCGCAAUCGUAAAUGGGUGGUCGUGCAAGACAAAUACGAGCGCAUGGGUCCUUAUGCCUAUAAGGGUGACCAAUGGGUCUCCUUCGACGAUGUAGAGUCCAUUAAGAAGAAAGUCAACUUCAUCAAAUCUUUGAGGUUAGGCGGAGGCAUGGUCUGGGCUCUCGACCUUGACGACUUUAACAACAGAUGUAAGCAAGGAAGAUAUCCUCUGAUGAAUGCUAUCAAGGACACCUUCCUAGACGGCAAUACGGACGAUGAUGACAACGUCAUUUCGUCAUACCCUGUUGAACCAGCACAUAACAUCGACGAGUCUGACACACAAGACAUAGAAGUGCGACCCCCUACUACCUCCACUGUAAGGCCUACCUUAGAGCCAAUUACCACACAAGCUACCACAGAAGUGAGCUUCGACGAACCCACUGGACACAAAAUUGUUUGCUACUACACCAACUGGGCUUGGUACAGGCCUGACACUGGAAAAUACACGCCCAACGAUAUAGAGCCAGAACUAUGUUCCCACAUCGUAUAUUCUUUCGCUGUCUUGGACACGAUGCGGCUGAUCAUCAAACCACACGACAACUGGCUGGAUGUUGAAAACAAAUUUUAUGAGAAGGUGGUGGCAUUGAAGGCCAGAGGAGUCAAGGUGGUCCUUGGUCUGGGCGGAUGGAACGACUCGGCCGGAGACAAAUACUCACGACUCGUGAACAAUCCGUCGGCGCGGAGGAAAUUCAUCUUCCAUGUUUUGGACUUUUUGGAACAAUAUGGAUUUGAUGGACUGGAUCUCGACUGGGAGUACCCGAAGUGCUGGCAGGUCAACUGUGAAAAGGGGCCUAGUUCCGACAAGGAAGGCUUUGCUGCUCUAGUUAAAGAAUUGUCAAAGACGUUCAAGAAACGAGGACUUCUUUUAUCUGCGGCAGUUUCAGCAAGCAAACGCGUCAUUGAUCUGGCCUACGAUAUCCCCGUACUCGGAGAGAACUUGGACUGGAUUUCACUCAUGGCGUACGACUACCACGGCCAGUGGGACGACAAGACCGGUCAUGUCGCACCCAUGUACGUCCACGAAAUUGACGAUGAUGAAACACUGAAUGCCAACUUCACUGUCAACUACUGGAUUCAAAAGGGCGCGCCGAAACAGAAACUCAUUCUGGGCAUUCCGUUCUACGGACAGUCGUUCUCUCUGAGCGAGAACGCUGACAACGGCUUGGGCGCACCGUCCUAUGCCGGCGGAGAAGGUGGAGACGAGACCAGAGCACGAGGCUUCCUUUCAUUCUACGAGAUUUGCGACCGCGUAAGGACACAAGGGUGGAAGGUGUACCGCGACCCCGGCGGCAGGAUCGGGCCGUACGCGACCCUCGGCGACCAAUGGGUGUCCUUCGACGACGACUACAUGGUGCGUCACAAGGCCGAGUACGUCCGCGCGAUGGGACUCGGCGGUAGCAUGGUGUGGGCCCUGGACUUGGACGACUUUAGAGGGUCGCACUGCGGCUGCGGCCCGUCACCGCUGCUAAGGACUGUCAACUACGUGCUGCGACAGGCGGACGCCCCGCCUCCGUGCAUGCUCGAAGAGAUCCAAAGCCCAGAGUAUCCGGAGUCUUCCGAACCCGAGGAGCCUCCCAACACGAGUGGGGAGAGCGACCUGGACGACGUGCAGGUGCAGGAGAAACCGCCGACCCCGUCCACGACGACCACCUCAGAAGCCGCCCCUCCAGCUGCUACGGAGGAGAUGGAAGUUGGCGGCUCCAACUUGGAAGGCCAGUCCUGCUCCGGCGCGCGGUUCCGCGAAGACACCACCGACUGCAGCAAGUACUACCUCUGUAUCAACGGACAGUACAUACAGCUCACUUGCCCCGCUAAUAUGUUCUGGAAUAAGAACCACUGUGAUUUGCCCGAAAAUACUGGAUGCAAGGUCAAGGCGAAUUUGAAACUGGCCUCCGAAACCAGUCCUGAAGUCUUCAGUCCCACUGUAGCCUGCUACUUCACCAACUGGGCUUUCUACAGAAAUAACAAUGGUAGCUUCGGACCAGAGCAAGUGGACCCAUCGCUCUGUACACACAUCGUAUACUCCUUUGCUCAUCUGAGCACAGAGAACACGCUAGAAGCUUCCAUCCCUGAGCUGGAUAUCAGUAAUGAUUUCUACGGAAAAAUCACGGAAUUCAAAUUGAAGGGGGUCAAAGUGAUCAUUGCGGCCGGCGGAAUAGAAAACUCCGAGGACGAUAGAUGGAGCAACAUGGCAGCCAGCUCCGACAACAGGAAAAUAUUUGUCAAAUCCGUCCUUAAAUUCUUAAAGAACUGGAGGUUUGACGGCAUUCAGAUCGCUUGGCAAUAUCCCGUGUGCAAGCAGGCACCAUGCGAGACUCACGACGACUCCGAUAAGGACAACUUCAGUAUCCUACUCGUGGAGUUGGCAAAGUUGUUACGUAACCACAACUUCGAGUUGUCCGCCAUGGUUGCCGCUAACCCCGAGGUGGCGGCUACUGCCUAUGACGCCGAGAUCCUCGCCGCCACUCUCGACUGGGUCUCCGUCGCUGCCAACGACUUCUACGAUACCACAGCAAAGAAAACAGCCUACCUUCUACCGCUCGAGCAACCUGAAGUUUACGCAGAUAAUAACAUUCAAUCAAGUCUAGGCUAUUGGGCGGGAGUGAUCCCACCCCGGCAGCUGGUAGUGAGUCUGCCCGCGUACGGUCGCUCCUACACGCUGCGCAGCGAGCGCUCCGACGCCGUCGGCUCCAACAUCGCCGGUCCCGGCCGCCCUGGACCCUACACCCAGAUACCUGGAUUCCUGGCGUAUUAUGAAAUAUGUACAGCGAUUGACGCCGAGCAAUGGGAAGUGAGGGAACAACCGCAGGGCACGUUCGCCGUGCACGGUUCCCAGUGGACGUCAUACCUGAGACCGGAGGAGGUGUUCCGGAUAUCCUCAGCAGUGUCCUCGGCUGGGCUCAGGGGUGCCGCACUGUUCGCGCUCGACCUCGACGACUGGCGCGGAGCCUGCCGCUGCCAGCCUUGGCCGCUACUCUCUGCGCUAAGACAAGGACUCUACGAACCCAACCUUCCGCCUACUCUGUGCACGUGAUUAGGAUAGAUUUUUUAUACAUUCGUGUAUAAUAGUAAAGACUGCGUAUAAUAUGUAUGUAUUUAGAAAUGUAUUUUAUAAUUUUUUGGUUACGUAGUGAAAUGUU